UGUGCUCGAAUGCAUAGGUAUUAUUUGGUUGAUGUCAAUAUGAAACGGGAAGUAACUUUUGUUUGUUGAUGUUGUAAGUCAAAGAAUAAUUCAAUGGGUCUUUGAAAUUUUUUGAAACGUAUUUUUAUUGUAAUUUUGUUUUUAUACUGAAGAAGUUUAAUAUCAUUUUUAUAAAGUGAAGACUUAACGUCAUUUUUCAAUACUAAGAAAUACAAUUCAACCAAUGACGAGGCAGUAUGGUCUAUGAUCUUAGCCUGUUCCGAAAGGAACGAAUAAUUGAAAAAAAAAAAAAAAAGUAAUAACAAAGUAUUCAUUGUUCUACAUUACGUGAUUCAAUUCAUUUAAAUAGUGUAUGCAACAUGAAAAAGAUCAAUAAAAAAAUUCCAGGCUUACUACCACCUCCUCCAAAAUCUGAAAUAGACGGCCGGAUCACCGAUUUAUCACAUAAAACUAUUCCUGAACUUCUUGAUUUGCGUGACCGCCAAUUAAAAUUGUUAAAUAACAAAUCUUUCAUAACAAAAUUAGCUGAUAAAGGAGCGAAAAUACAAUUAUUUCACGAUAAAAUUGCAGCUGUUCUGAAAGCAAAGCAAGAGGAAGAUCAUACAUGUCGUUUAUUCAGCGAUAUGAAAUUGAAUCCGAUUGAACAAGAAGCUGUGCAAAACGUCGAAUGGGAAGGUAAAAUAAAUAAUAAGGAAGACUCUUGCUUAGAUUCUGAUGAUGACAGUGAUCCUGAAGAUGUUAUGCACAUAUUGAGUCAAAGCACAGCUACAGAGAAAAAAGUUAAAGUAUUGCAAGCUGAAAAACCUUCUAUAACUGUUGACGAUUUGAUAAAAAUUGGUGAUGUCCCUCAUGUGAAAUAUCUGGUGGAGAAAACAGAAUCAAAGUGUAAAUCAAAAGACAAGGGGCUGUUUAAACCAUUCAAAACAACAAAAUCUGAUGUCCAUGAUCCAGCAAAAGAAGUUCACAGGAAGAAACACACUAAAUGGGAAGUGACUGCAGCAACACCUCCACCAAUAAUUCACGGCCCAGCAAAGUUACUGCCAUUGGAAGAAUCUUUGGAGCUUCAAAAGCAAUACAAUAUUCAUUUAAAGGAGAUUGAAGCACACCACGCUGCUGAAAAGUUAAUGACACGUGUUGGAAUGAAAAUGCCAGAACUUCCUUCUGAUACAACCAAGUUUGGUACAUAUAGGGAUCUUAAUAGUGAUGAUUCGGAGACGUCUGACGUUGAAGGAAGCGAUAAAGAGGUGCAUGAUGAAGAACCUGAAAGGGGUGGUGUACUAUUCACUGUGAUGAAAUGAUCACAUUUAAUUGUAUCUUAUUAGUCUUCAUUCAUCAAGCCCAGACACAAUUGAUUGAGACAAUGUUAGCAUUAAAAUAAUUAUUAAGGACUGAUGGGAUUA